UUUUAUCCUGAUCGGUCAAUGAAAUGUUAUUUUAUUCUAGGUUUUACUAAUUGGAAGUUAGAAGUACAAACAACUAUUUCCCACACGGCAUGUUAAAACCCUCUUAUAAAAAAUAAAAAUAAAGACGAAGCGACAAAUUUGGUUUUAACUUUUAACGAAUAUGGCUAGAUACUCCAGUGAAUCAGACUCGGAUCACAGUAGAUAUCGAAGAAAACGGAAUCGAAAAUCAAGGUCUAGCAGUUCUGACAGUAGUGACACUUCGCCUCAUCGAAGGAGAUCGUCGAGGCAUUCGAAGACAAAGCGUAGACAUCGUUCGCAUUCAAGAAGUCGAGGUAGAGAUCGAAAUUUAAAGAGUCAUAAAGGUUCUAGGAGCAGUCACUCGAGAGAUCGGGAUAAAAGGCGUUACCAUACCAGUACAGGUAGAUCGCACUCUUCGGAUCGCACAAGAAGAAAAGCUAGAUCCACUUCUAGAGACAAAUCUCGAAGUCCUUCCAGCAGUUCGCAAUCGAAUCAACCAAAAUUUAAUGCUGAAAAAACUCAAGUUGUCCCAGCAAAAGACGACUUUCCUAUUGAACCUCGUUUUAAGAAUGGUGUACUUGAGGAAAUAAAUGCUGAAGGUUUCACUCCCAAACAGUUUACCUCAUCUGCUAAAGAGAAUAAAUUUAAGAAUAUCGUUAUAGAUAUUAGUUCUGAUACUAUACAGAUUCCACCAGUACCCAAUAUUCCUAGCAGCCUAGAAAGUAUAUUUCAUACCUCGAUUAUGAUGGAUCAAGAGGCAAGGUUCGAUAAAUGGGUGAAAAAACUCUACACUCUUAGACAAAAAGCUAUAGCAGAUUUAAUACAUACAAAUAUUACUUAAACCAUAAUUAAAUAUUGAUAUCUUUUUAAUAAUUAUUAUAAUUAAAAAAUAUUAAAUUUAUAUACACUACACAAAAAAAAUUAAAGGGCCACUUUUUUCCUUCUAUAAAAAAGACAAUUUUUAAGUGGCUGCAACUUCGUCGCAUAUAAUCGGAUUGAGAUCAAUAAAAAAGCGUUACAAAAUUUGAAGUUUAGCUUUGAAGCUUUUAGUUUUAGAAUCUUUUAAUCGAUUUCAAUUCUUUUAAUUUGUUACAAAAUUAUAUUAUAAAAAA